CCGGAAUCCCAGCUGUAUUUCACUCCUCCUCUCCUCCAUCCCACCUCCCCACAGUCACGAUCAGCCAAAAUGUCCCAAUCCUUCACCCCCGCCGACGUCGCCGCCCACAACAACGCCGACAAGGGCCUCUACAUCAUCAUCGACAGCAACGUCUACGACGUCACCGCCUUCGUCGACGAGCACCCCGGCGGCGCGAAGAUCCUCAAGCGCGUCGCCGGCAAGGACGCCUCGAAGCAGUUCUGGAAGUAUCACAAUGAAGGCGUGCUGAAGAAAUACACCCCCAAGCUGAAGAUCGGGGAGGUGAAGGAUGCCGCGAAGUUGUAAUCGGCCUUUUUGUCUUUUUUGAGUCGACUCGCUCGAGGUUGUGAUUGCCUGAUAGAGGGAUGAAGGGAUGGAUGAUAUCAUCUGGGUCGAGAAUGAGGAAAUAACCCAUUCACCCUACGGGGCGUGAACUAUGGACCAUGAAUAUCGCGACGGCUAUGGCUAUGGCUGUGGCUACUAGAGACUUGCGACAAAAGUGGACGUCCGUCCGUCCGUCUAACCUUUUCACUUUUGGGGAUAACUGUUUGACUAUUGAUGUUUGUUGAUGUAUUGAACUAUCUAUCAUACCUAUGCUAGCGAACUUGCAGACAUUGCAUACUUUAGAGUGU